AUGGCAGCGGCUGGUCAAGGAGGCGGCAGCAGCGGCGGAUCCACCAGGCAGAUCGGAGGAGCAAGCAUGUGGGGAAGAGACGAAACCUCAGGAAGAUCAGACGCCAACGUCGCUGACAUGCGAUUCCCUUCCUCUGUGCGACAUUCCGAUUCCCAACCAACUCAUACCUUAGAGACAUACUACCCGAAAAUGUUGGAAAAGCUUGAAAAUAUGCAAGAAAAGCAGCGACAAAGUGAUGAAAUUCGAGAACAGCUUGAAAGAGAUAAGCGAGAACUGCAACGACAGUUGUCCAGCCAGACCAAGAAAUUAGAACUUAUGGAAACAGCGCUCGAAAACGAGAAAGAAAGCAGCAGAAUACAUGCAAACAUUCUGAACGAACGAAUUGAUGCCUUGAAGGAUCAAAUCCGUGCGCACGAAGAGUUGAACGAGAGGUCGGCAAAAGGGAAUCAAGAGCUCGAGCAUAAAGAAAAAGAGAUACAACUCUUAAAUGAAGCCAUCGAGGAGCUGGAGAGAGAAAAAGAUCACGCAGUCCUCGAAGAGAGGAAACGAUGUGAAGCUGAAACUGAGAAGGUUCUCAAUUUCUUGGCCAAAACGUUGGAAGAACUUGAGAUGGCAAAGGAGAAGAACAAAGAAGUAUUCUCACUCAAGAAAGAAAUUUUGGAACUCCAGACACAACUUGAAGAACUUCCGUAUGCUCAGAAGAUCUGCGAUAUCUAUGCUGAAUUCUUCAACUUUGUGGACAAUUGCGCGUGUUUGAAUGAGGCUGGUUCGCACAAGUGGAAAGAAACAGAUCGAAACAUUCGGAUCCAUCGCAGGACAAGAGUGGAACGGGGCGACCGAUCUGCCAGCCCUUUUUCAAAAGCGACAGCAAGCCCACGCCUGUCAGAAAAUGAUCCCAUUCUUGCAUCGACCAAGGACAAAUCUAUGAGCAUUGAAUCAAAGGAUUCUUCUUCAAAGGAGAUGACGGAUACGUCAAAAAAGCAUUCUGAUAAUGACUUCCACCGAAAUUUCCAAAUGUUGCAAAAGCAAAACAUGAAGGAAACAAAAUCCAGAAAGGCGCUGCUCCUUGGAAAAGAAAGGGAGAUUGCUAAUCUGCGGAAACGGAUGGCUUCAUUCGAAGUUAGAUCGGAUGCACCUCAGACAGUCUCUUCGAAACAGAGUGUAGACCCUGCAGAUAUUCAGCAAGACUCAGCAGCACCGCAUCACUUGACGGAAUCAGGAGACAACCAGUCGUACAAGAUGGAUUCGAAUGAUUUUCUGCAAGUGGCAGCGGAGUUGAAACAUUGUCAAGAAAAACUUGUAUAUUGGCAAAAUGAAUCAAAAUAUCUUGCUGAGCAGGUGCGAUUGCUUCAGAAGCAGUGUCAGGAAAGUUCAUUACGAAGGAACGAGGCAUUGAAACAAGUGCAAGAUCUGCAAAUUCGUCUGAAAGAGCAGGAGAUAAUGCAUACAUCGAAAGAAAGCGCUUAUACUGAAGCUAGCCAGAAGAAUCUUGACUCGUUGGAAUCUCAACUGGAGACUGCAAAGUCUCAAUGCAGAAUUUUUUCAGACGAACUGCUGGAUAAAACUUCAGAAAUAUCAAAUCUAAAAUCUCUGAUACAGAAGUAUGAGACAGAUAAGUUUACAAUUCAAAGGAGUUUCGAUCAAAAACUAAGCAAGAGCAACUUACAACUCUCUGUGUGUAGAGAUUAUACAAAAGAGUUGCAAGAUCAGAUACAGAAGUUUUCAAACGAAAUGAGGAAUGUUACGAUUCAAAUAUCUGAGACUUUUCGAGGAACUUCUCAAAAAUCAUCUAACCCCUACAUGCAUGAAUCACAAGAUAUGCUCAACACUACUUCUGCCAUUUCAAAUAUCAUGAACGACAUGAAUUACAUACAGCGCAAUUUUGACCGUCUAGCUACAGACAUUCAACCGUUUCUGAACAGCCAUGCAACAAAUCAAAACGAUCUGGAAUUGCACGAUCCAACCUUCAAACAAUCAGAUAAAAGGAAUACAACCUCUCAAUGCCAAUAUCAAGCACAAAUGGAAAUCUGGAAGAGGGCAUUCAAUGAAAAUGCCAAUAAGCUUGACUUCCUCUUAAGAAUGAUGUUAUCCCAAAAGCUCACAGGAAUUCAAUGUCAAGUUUGUACAGAGAUAUCAGAUUGCUGGAACGCCCUCACAGAAUUGAUGGAUCUGCCACUCAGAUUCGCUUGUCCUGGUGGUCAUGACGUCAAGCUUUCUUCCGAGGUGCACGGUACGAUCAAUCACAUUGGAAAUGACAUGCAGGACGACGUUGAUCUCCAUGUCCUGCCGGUGCACAAACUCUCAGACAUUUGCGACGAGCACAAUUACCAGGACCCUUCGCCUCCUCCAUCGGAAGACAUCAGGAAGGUCAACAUUAAGUUGAACUUCUCGGAGCUGGAUGAGCUCGGGUCCUCUCACGAGGGGAGGGAGAGGUCAGGAGACUACCGACAACGGCCCAGGCUGCCGAAGAAGUCGGUGGAGUCUGACUGCCAGCCCUCGGACACGUCAGCGCUGGUUGAGAGGCUGCAGCAUCAGAACAGCGCCUUGAGCCACCAGCUGUCGUUGAAGAGUACCGAGGUGGAGAUCCUCUACGGGGAGCUGGAGAACAUCAAGAGCAGCCUUGGGAACGAGGAGUUCAGCAUUAGCGACCUCCAUACCGAGCUGUCAAUCGCGGCAGUGAAGGCAGAAGCGCAACUUCAGAUCCUACAGCUGGAAGAGCGGGUGCGAGAGCUUGAGGAUGAGAGGGACGACAGGGAAUUCACUCCUCGGUACCGGGAGUUCGAGAAGAAGUUCGAGAUCCUUGAGACCGAGGAGUCGGUGAUCUCCCGCGCUGUGUCCCUCGGGCUGGUCGUGGACGGGAAGGUGUUUGAGAACGUGCGAGAGUCGGUCAAGUCUCUGAGCAACCUGAUCGUGGAGGAGGUUCAGUCCAUGAACGAGAUCCUUGAGUGGAACCUCGAGGAGCUUCAAGUCACAAUCAGGGAAAGGGAGGGGCAUGUGAUCGAGGACCUAGAAAGCAUGAGAAGAAAAUACGAGCGUGAAAUUGCUGAGCCUUUGCAAACGAAAUUGCUGGAGGAACAGAAUACAAUCUCACAAUGCAGACAGAGGAAUGCAAAGCAGGACUUGUUGAUUUUCUUCAAAGAUGUUCAACUUGAGCAAUUCCGCUCAAAGUAUUCGAAGGCUGUGUCGAUCAUCUCUGAAAGCUUUUCAACAAUGUCAGAGCUUGCUGGCAUUUAUCAAGACUUGUUUGAAGCAUGCGCAAUCCAAUCAUCUCUUGAGACCGCUAAAAGGAUGGUGUUGUCAACACCGACGAACCAUGAUGAAGAGAAUCAUAUGACGGGGCAGAAAGAAAGAGAGGAGGAUAAUCCUUCGGUGAAGAACAUGAUUAUGGAGAAGAAGAGCCCCCACAGCUCCGAAGAACAUGCUUCUCCGCAAACAUCAAGCCCGAAGGAGUUGAAACCUCUCAUCGAGAUUAACGACAAACCCAAGUCAGAGCUGACAGACAUGAUCUCUCUUCCAUGCAAGAUAGAAGUCUGCAUCAAAACUGCGAGAAUAUCAGACAAACACGACAUGGAGGAACUAGGUUUCCCGUACCUCAUCGUUGUGUUGGAUCACAAGAAUGGUCGUUCGGCUCGUCGAAAGACGCUGAUCGGAGAGAGCAAGAUUCAUACAGAUGUUAAGAGGUCGCUUGCGAGGCUCGCAGCAUGCCCCUGCCUGAGCCGAUGUUGUAGGCGAGAACUGGUUGUCAUCAUGGAAGAAACCUUCAAGUUCGAUGUCUUCAAGAUCGAUCAGAAAUUUGCCUUCACAUUGUUCAACGGCCCUGGAGCGCAUGCAGACAAGUCUAGCAAGAUCCCGAAGAUGAUUGGUUGCGGCAACCUCCCGGUCGCACGUAUUAUGCAUCAGCUCGAGAGCGUUGAUCCGACCUCCAUCAGCCUGUCGGACGGAGAUGAGACCAUUGGGAACCUGUUUGUACAGUUUUCGUUUGUGUCUUCUCUCAACAUGGUCGACAGAGCUUUUUCCAUGGCGGAGUCAGAGCCCGGCGAAGUUUCACACUUCGACCAUCUGCUUUCGUUUCCCCAAGAGAUCGCUCCCGUCUUCGACUCACUCACAGCAGAGCAAGAAGACAGAAGAAUAUUCGAUUAUGUCAGGAACAGGGAAGUUGGAAGAAACUUGGAGAGGAUCAACGAAAUUUUGGAUCAAGCGACGAAGGAGAGGAUUGAAUCUGAUGUCUUGCUGGAUAAAUUGUACAGCACCAAACUUUCAGCCAUGCAACGCCUCCUGACUGAGCAGAUCGAGAGAGGAUUCAAGAAGAGCUUGAGAUAUCGAAAGAAAGGAUGCGGAUCGCCGCUGGAGUUACAAACUGUCAGCGUGCAUCGACAACAGCAAGACAUUGACUUCCGCGUCAAGAUCCCUCCAGCGGUCCUGUCAGUCUACCGCAUGCUUCAGGAUGAGAAGGACGUCUGCGAGGGUCUACAGGCAGAGUGCAGAGAAAGGUGUCUUCCUCUUGAGCACAGCGACCUCAACGACAUCGAGCAUUCUGUCGCCCAACAGGUUGAGGACGUAGCCGCCGCGUAUCUCCCAAUGCCUGACAAGGAGAUACACGACCUGGUGUCAGCGAUAACCCAGGAGGAGCUCAAGGAUACUCAGGUGCAUGAUCGCAUCGCCGAGGAGAAGGCGCAGGCAGCACGAGCACGGGCAUUGACCGAUGCCCUAUCCCAAGGGCUCAAGAUUGUGAAUGCUUCCGCGCCCUUACCAUGA